CCCAGGCUUCUCUUCCUUCUUGGAGGCGGAGGGACAAGGACUAGGUAGGAGCACGUGACGGGGUGGUGGUCCCAGGCAGCUAUGGGGGUCGCGCUGCCUCCACAGGUCUCCCGGCGCUGGUUCCGCCAUACAAUCCCUCUUGCCAUCUUCGCGCUGCUACUUUUUUAUCUCUGUGGUCGGAGCCUACGUGCCCUCUCAGGCUGCCGAUUAGGGACACUGCCCUGCAUUGCCGAGGGACCGCCGCCUUUACAGGUGCUGCAAGAGUCGGGAUCCCUGGAAGCCCGGGAUCAAGAGCCUCGGUGUCUGGGCCCCCAGGGGAUACUGGGCCGCAUGGUGAGGCCGUUCCGCGCUAGUCUGAACCCCGAAGGGGAUGUGGAGUUGUCGCAGUACCUGGCGGGAUGGAGGGAGUUAAUCAAGCUCCUAACUCCCCUCGGCUCCAUCUUCGCCUUCGCCACCAGCGAGGCCUUCACCAAAGUAACAGCCCUCGAGGCUCGGGUGCACGGCCCAGAAGCCGCGCACUACACGUCGCUGGCGGCCAUGGUAGCGUGGGAGCGGCGAGCGGGACUGCUGGAGCGGCCUGGGAUCGGCCCUGGAGACCCGGCCAACUCCGGCUCACGAACGAUGCUCUUGCUGCACCGCGCGCUACGCUGGUCCCAGCUCUGCCUCCACCGGGUGGCGACCGGCACGCUCGGAGGCCCGGGUGCCGGCGAGCAGUGCAGCGACGCCUACAACCUAGCCCUGGCCCCGCACCACCCCUGGCUGGUCCGUCAGGCCGUCCGCCUCGCAUUCCUCUCCUUCCCGGGUCGCGGCCACCUGCUGCAGCUGGCUUGUCCGGGAACCAGAGAGGCGGCGGCGCGGGGCGCCGUGGUCCGCGCCGCGGGCGCCCUGGAGGACGUGUACAACCGGACCCAGUGCUUGCUGGGCGAGGCCGGCCUGCUCCACCUAGCGUAGGGCCGGCGGCGGCGCGACCCGCUACGUGGGCAGCGCCCGGGGGCGGGGCCAGCGGCGAAAGAGCUCCCGGCCCACCGUUCGCCACUGGCUUCCUGGGCCAGGGGGGCGGGCACCUGACAGCCCGCCUCUUCGUGACGACACUCGCUUAAAGGUGCUCCGCGGGUGGGGUGGGGGGGCUUUAGCUCCUCCCUCUGUCCGAAGUCCUCAGAAGAAAGCAGGAGCUGUGGGGAAUAAAAACAAUUCUUUGGUGGCCGUGGCUUAAGGGCGUUUUCUGUGAUGUCAGCAGGCGCUUAAGGACAUAGUAGUAAAUGGUUGUGGGAAGAUGUGUCAUCCCUGUUCCCGGCAUCCGAGAGACUCACACUCCCCUUGGCUAUCUCAGCCACUUCUAUGGCUUCCCUUGCCAACUACAUGCCAAGUCUCCAGCCCAGGCCUUCCUCCUGAGCUCCAGCCCCAUAAAGCCACAUAUAUCCCGGACACCUCCACAGACACCGCAAAUGCAACACGUCCAACUGGAAUCCAAUCGCCCCCAUCCAAGAACUGCAUCUCUUCUUGUGUUCUUUGUCUCUAUGAAUAAAUGGCACCCUCUUCUGUCAACCACCCAAGCCUAAAACCAGUACAUCAUGCCUCACACCAAGCAGAAGCUCAGCUCAAUAAUGUAUCUUAAUUAAAUUGCUUUUUGGCCGCCCCCAUAACGAUAGUGAAUAUGAAAGAGCUUAGCCAUUUCAUACACUGGUAACUCCCAAAUUAUAACUCCAACCACAUUCCCCUGGACUCCAGAACCUUAUCUAUACACCUCUUCAUUCCACACCCCCCUUGGAUUUCAGCUAGACAUAGCAAACUUGACCUGCCCAAAAUUUCUGAUACCCUCUUCUCCCAAAAUCUUCCCUUUGUCUUUGCUAUCUGAGUAAAUGACAAUCCCAUUCCUCCAGGUCCUCACACUAAAACCUUGUAGUCAUCUUGACUUUUUGUUUCUUUCAUUGCACCCACAACCAAUCCAUAAGAAUCUGACCAUUUCUCACUAUCUCCACUGCUACCACACUUGUGAGGCCAACUUUAUCACCUAGAUAAUUGCAAUAGCUUCCUAAUUGUUUCUCAGUCCCAUACGUUGCCUCCCUAUAGUGUAUGUUCAAUAAAACAGCCAAAACGAUUCUUUAAAAUGUUGCUCACACUAUGUCACUUCCCUGCUCAAAACCUUUCAAUGGCUUCCUAUUGUACUGAGAUGAAAAACAUUUUUAUUUAAGCAGGAAAUUUUCUGUACCAUGUCUUCAGGUGAGAAUGAUGAAAAGCUUCAUAAGGGUUCUACCUGAUUUGACACUGCACUAGCCAAAAUGACCUCCUCAAUAUUCACUAAACAUGUCAGAUUUGAUUCUGCUCAGAACUUUUGCACCUGCUCUCCCCUCUGUCCAUAAUGCUCCCUCCCACCCCAAUAAACAAAUGACUUUAUUCCUUAUUAGCUUCUGGUCUUUAAUCAAAUGUCUCCUCAGUGAGACCUUUCCUGAUUAUUCUUUCUAAAAUUUCAACACACACACACACACGUACGCACACAUUCCCUAUCUCCCUUCCUUACUCUAUUUUUCUUCUUAUACAGUUCACUAUUGUAAUUAUUUGUUUUGUUGUCUCACCCAAUAUAUGUAAAUUCCAUGGGGCUAGAAGUUUCUGUUUUGUUUCCUGAUUUACCUCCAAUGCCUCAAACAGUGCUUGGUAUCUAGUAGACAUUUAGUAGUUUCUUGUCCAAUGAAUGUAUGAACACUAAAAAUAGCUCAGACGGCCAGAGCCAAGAGAAUCAAAAAGCAGAGGG